AUGGCAGCAUCAUCUAUUGGGUUGAUAUUUGUCAUAAUAUUGCAUUAUCGUCUCAAACAGAUUAGAGAUCAAAAGAUUAUCCCACGUUUAAGAUUAUCACGUGGAGGUCAUCAUACCCCAAAGCUUGAAAGGUUCUCUCAUUACGUAGCUAGGCAAAUGGGGUUCAAAGAUAGGAGAGUCUGUCCUGAUCUAUGUAGAUUGGCUUCUGAAUAUAUAAGCAAAUGUGAUGGAUUUGAAGAUGAUAUAUAUGCUUACUUUGAGAAUGAACCAGAUGCUGAUUCACUUUAUGUGAAGCUGGUAGAGGAAUUUGAGAGAUGCAUUCUUAGUUACUUUGGAUUUCAUUGGAACCAUUGUGAUAUAUUGAUAAGUCAGGUGUUGAGCUCGGAAAAUUCAGAGCCUAAAAAGAAGUUAAAGCACAUAGUUAUGGCAGCUACUAGGGAACAGAGGUUCGAGAGAGUUGCGAAGAAUCUGAAGGUGGCAAGUGUUUUUAAUACAUUAGUAGAAGAGAUGAAAGCAAUGGGAAUUGCAGUAAAUGAUGACUCUCAAUGUACAGAGGUAAUGGCUCCUGUAGCUCACAGCGACAGGAGUCCAGUCCUCCUUCUAAUGGGGGGUGGUAUGGGAGCUGGCAAGAGCACAGUACUUAAAGAUAUUCUCAAAGAACCUUUCUGGGCAGGAGCAUCAGCAAAUGCUGUAGUCAUUGAAGCAGAUGCCUUCAAAGAAUCAGAUGUCAUCUAUAAAGCACUUUGUUCAAGAGGCCAUCAUGACAUGAUUAAGACAGCCGAAUUGGUACACCAAUCAUCCACAGAUGCAGCAUCAUCCCUCCUAGUAACAGCACUAAAUGAAGGCCGUGAUGUAAUUAUGGACGGCACACUCUCUUGGGUACCAUUUGUUGUGCAGACAAUCACAAUGGCUAGAAAUGUCCAUCGCCGCCGUUACCGCAUGGGAGUUGGCUACAGAGUGAAUGACGAUGGAACCGUAACAGAAAACUAUUGGGAAAGAAUUAAAGAUGAGGAACCUGAACAAGUUGAAGGAAAAAAGAGAAAACCAUAUAGAAUCGAGCUAGUUGGAGUAGUGUGUGAUGCUUACCUUGCUGUUGUUAGAGGCAUAAGGAGAGCUAUCAUGUGUAGAAGAGCUGUGAGAGUAAGAUCACAAUUGAAAUCCCACAAAAGAUUUGCUGAUGCAUUUAUGACAUAUUGUCAACUAGUAGACAAUGCCCGUCUAUACUGCACAAAUGCAUUGGAAGGCCCGGCCAAGUUGAUAGGUUGGAAAGAAAGAGACAGGACCUUGCUGGUUGAUCCAGAUGAAUUCGACUGUUUGAAGAGGGUUGCAAAGUUAAAUGAAAAUGCCAACUCCAUAUAUGAACUCUACAAACCCCCUAACCCAGCUUGUGAAGCUGGAUCUGUAUGGAAAGACAUUGUAUUAUCUCCUUCAAGGUUGAACAUCCAACAGGAGCUCAAAUUUUCAAUCCAAGAGAUUGAACGCUUGAAAUGA